UUCUCACGUACGAAUUCUCCGUCCACAACAAGCCAAACAAGCCAUGGCACCAAAGCUCUUCAAAUCCUUCUCCGGCUGCUGGUGUGGAGCCCACAUCGCCGAAGAUUCUAAGAAGAAGAGACUGCCGGUGCGGCGCAUCGCCGCCGUCGAAAACUCGCCGCAGCGAAUCAGUUUCAGCAACUCAACGAAUACUUUAUCACCAGAGGAUCUCUCUCUCUCAUUAGCGGGCUCCGAUCUCCAUAUCUUCACCAUGGAAGAGCUGAAGAGGAUAACGAGAGGGUUCUCUACAAGCAACUUUAUUGGGAGCGGUGGGUUCGGUCCGGUUUACAAAGGUUCGGUCGACGACAAGCUGCGGCCCGGGUUGCGGCCGCAGAUGGUGGCUGUUAAGCUGCUUGAUCUGGAAGGUUCGCAAGGGCAUCAAGAAUGGCUGGCGGAGGUGAUAUUUCUGGAGCAAUUAAGGCACCCAAAUCUGGUCAAAUUGAUUGGGUACAGCUACGAGGAAAAGCAUCGGCUUUUAGUGUAUGAGUACAUGUCAAAGGGGAGCUUGGAGAAUCAUCUAUUUAGAAAUGUAAUCGCUUCGCUGCCAUGGUUGACGAGAUUGAAGAUAGCAGUUGGAGCUGCCAAAGGCCUCGCUUUCCUACAUGAGGCUGACAAACCAGUGAUUUAUCGAGAUUUCAAGGCAUCUAACAUAUUAUUAGAUGAGGACUACACCGCAAAGCUCUCAGAUUUCGGUUUAGCGAAGGAUGGCCCUGAAGGCGACGAAACGCAUAUCUCAACACGUGUUAUGGGCACUCAUGGCUACGCUGCUCCGGAGUACAUAAUGACUGGCCAUCUCACUGCAAAGAGCGAUGUCUACAGCUUCGGCGUUGUGCUGCUAGAGUUGCUUACAGGACGAUGCUCCGUGGACAAACAUAGGCCGAACAGGGAACAAAACCUUGCUGAAUGGGCUAAGCCAUACUUACUUAGCCCACACAAACUUGAUCGGAUAAUGGAUCCAGGCCUGGAGGGACAGUAUUCAACAAAAGCAGCACAAAAAGCAGCAAAGAUAGCGCACCAGUGCUUGGGCCAAAGCCCAAAAUCAAGACCGGAUAUGAGGACUGUGGUUGAAACACUGGAACCUCUUUUGGAGCUGAAGGAUAUACCCAUGGGUUCUUUUGUGUACACAGUGGUAACCGAAAAUAGAGGAGUUGAGGUGAGGGAGAGAAGUGAAGGAAAGGAGAGGAAAGAAGAGAAGGAAAAUGGAAGAAGGGAGGUUGUUGGGCACAGACACAAGAUAAAGUUUCCGCAGGUUUCUGCUCCCAUGGAUUCAGCUCUUUACAAGGUUUAUAAGAGCAGCCCAGGGAGGAAGUUGACACCACCGGAGAAAUGAUUUGAUAUGAAUAUUAUAGAUUUUGUAGUUAUAAAUAUGAUUUUAUGAUGUGGCAAAAGA